UCUGUGGCCCCGUUUUUUGGAAAGAUAAUUGCGAUCGGUACAGGCGACUUGAGAGCCUGAAGGGUAUUAUGAAGAUGUGGAUGGGGGCGAGGCAGAGACAGGCGUGAGCUCAAGGGGGGCCGCCGCCCACCUUGCCCUCACUUUCCAACGUCCAUGCUGCUCAGUCCUCGCAAGCUCCUCGUGGAUUUUGCAGCCCUUUACAGUAAGCCCAUGUUUGCUCGAGCGAAUGUUACCCCUUACAACUAGCUUGACGUCGCAUCCCAACCUUGCAGCGAAGCGUGAUUCACAAUGCAGCGACAGCGUGAAUUCGCGAUGUCCUUCUUGCCCGAGCAAGAUUCCGUGCAACCGCGAAACCAAAAUAAACCUCCCGAAAUAAGCGGGAGUUUUCUCCCUCUCUUGGACCCCAGUCGUUGUUCAGAACAAGUACCGCCGCAUCGCUCGCAAGCCGCCGCUUUCCUCGUCUGGAAUCUACACAUCGAAGCGCGUUGCGUGAUACCGAGGGCCAUAUGUCGUGCAAGCACGAUGUCACAGUUUGGUAUAAUCACUCUGGUACAUGCCAUUGGCUCCCACAUUAUGCCAGAAAAAUGAUGUGACAUCACGGGGCGAGCAUCUCCACCAGUGAGGCAGCUGCGGUACAGGUCACGUGUUUACGAGAGCUAAAGGGACUGGCCCGCGGGGUCUCCAUCAUCUGACGUCACAGAGCUAGACGUGGAGGUAAAAUGUCGGCCUUCAGGCAUAGACAUCUUUACACAUUCCACAACUUUUGGGAUUUUAACAGGGAUGGAAUACUCACGUGGGACGACUUCAAUAUAAUCGCGGAGAACUACACCAAGCUUCAGAGGCGCGGGAAACUGGAAAAGGAUGUGUACGAGCGUUGGAAAUCGAUCCUGGAAAGGUGGUGGAACGAACUCACGGAACAUGCAGACUUCAAUAAGGAUUGCAUCGUAGAAUUCGACGAGUGGCUCAAGUUCUUCACAAACCUGGGCAAGAAGACCAAAACCUUUCAAGAGUUGCCAGACUUUCUACAGAAAUACCUCCACCUCUUCUUCCAAAUCGUGGACUCCAACAAGGACGGGUUGUUCUGCGUGAAGGACUACAAGAAGUAUCUCAAGAGCCACAACAUGGAUAUGACAGGAGCUGAGGAGCGCUUCAAGUCGAUGCUGAACGAAGAGGACGUCGCCAAUGGAAAUGCCAUGUCUUCGGAUCGUUUCCGAGCCCUCGUGUAUGACUACUGGGUUUCGCAAGAGGCUGACUGUAAAGGAAAAUACAUCUGCGGGCCAUUCGACUCAACACCUAUGGAAGAACUCGAGAGUAAAAAUAAAAAGAAGCCAGUUUGACCUGUAAACUUUUAUCUGUACGAGGGCUUUCUAGUACCUAAAACAGCAUUCACGCUAACUUUCCUCCUACAACUGCCAUAACACCAACGACAAUAAUUCGAAGACAGGAAGCGACGUUCGAUCGUGAUUAGUAUACGGAAGGGAUGACGUUCGGCGCAGCUAGAAUGCCGAUUCAUUUUCUAUUUUUAUACCUUAUUCUCUAAUCGUUCGAAGCGACACAAAAGCGUGUCUGCUAUGUACCGCACUUUUGUUUUGUUUUUCGUUUUUUUAUGUACGUAUUUUUCAGUUUUUCUGUCGAGUGAUGUGACGCGUUAAAUAUGAAAUAAAGACAAUUAUUACA